GCGGGCCCGGGGCCCGGACCUGUUUAAAUAGCGCGCGCCCUCGGCCCGUCUCCACAGCGGGUUUACGGACCGCUUUCGCAAAUGGGGACGAAGCAACAGGACAAGACGGGCACCGCCCGCACCAUGGCGCGCGUCCUGUUCUUCGGGUUGGUGUUGGCGGGGGCUGCGGCAGCUCCUGACAGCAGGAUGCAAACGGAGUCUGCAGGCUUUGUGAAGACUGAAUGCCGGGACAGUGUAUUUUGGGUUGGGUUGGACAAGCAUUUUCUCGCCGGGAAACUUUGGCAGAUUAACGUUGUUGAUCAGUCUGGUUAUAUUGUUCCUGUUACACCAAGAUUUGCAUCACAGUGUGGUUACACAAUUGCAGUAGAUCACCAGAAUAUUGAAUUCCGUGCCUCCAUACUCAGCUGUGGUGUGCAUAUCCUGAAUGAUGAGCAGUUCAAUCUCACUGUACAAAUACAAGUGUCAGGAACUGACAUGAGUGCUUCAACAUAUAUUGAAACCCUAUCUUGUAUGUAUUCUCCUUGGGCUGGAAGGGAAGUCUUCUGUGAAGAAAAUUACAUGCAGGUCUCUGUACAAAGAAACAUACCAACCAUUGAGGAAGAUUAUGCUCAAGAUGCUGAAGAUUGGGCUUUGGCAUUUCCAGAAGCUGUUGAUGCAGAAAGUGGAAUGUGGCAAGUGGUAUUUCACACUUCUAGCGGCAAAAAGACUAUGACUGUGAAAGAAGCACACCAGUUAAACUAUGGAAUCAACACCACAGAUUCUCGUAUUUUGUUCCGUGCUCCAUAUCAUACAAAAGAGGCUGAAGUAGUUUCGGUCCAUGGUAUCCCCUUGUCCGUAAUCAGAUCAACUAGUUUCUAUAGACAGCAAUGGAUGAUUCUGCUAAUUGACACUGCAGUAGCUUGCCCUCUUGAUGGUAUUUCAUUCAGUGAUGACCUAAUCAUCUGGACACUGCCAAGAAUCUUCACUCCAAUUGUGACCAGUACAGUUCAUCAAGACAACAGCUCCAUGGGAGUAAAUGGUAUCAAACUGGAUCCAGAAAGAAUGGCAGAAAGAAACUAUUCUUUAAAUAAAAAUGACACUUCUCUUGCUAUAAAGGUUCCAAUUGGUGCACAGGAUGGAUACUACAAGAGCCAUGUGGUAGAUGGUCAGUACGGCAUCAAGUACAGCAUUAAUCUAUUCUUGGAACACUUAUGGAAAGAUGACACCUGGGAACUAAAUAAAAUGAACAUCAUCCAUCCAGUGACCACUCCCUUUAUUCCUAAGCCUCUAGUUCUCACUGAUGAUACCAUUCCUGAGCAAUGGCUAUUCAAUGUAUCACUGGGCAACUUUCUCCCUGAUGUGGAACUGCAGAAAGUCACUCUGGGUUCUCUAUCCUUUCCUGUGGAUGAACAAAACCAACUCUUUGAUGUUUACAAUGGGACUACACCAAAUGAGACAACCCUCAAUAAAAUCUUUGUUCUUGAGGUUCCAAUGGAGUCUCCAGUUGUUGAUAGGAAGUAUAUAGGAGAUGGUGUUGAACAAUAUACCCUUGAUAUAAUCUACACCCUAGCAGUGGUGCCAGAAGAUGAAAUAUUCACCUAUGUAGCUCAAUUAAUACAUAAGCAUGAUAUAGUACUUCCUGUGGCAAAUGGCUUUUGUGAUGAGGAGAACAUGACAUUGGUGAUUACACAUGGAACCUUGGAUCAGUAUUGGAUCCCUUUCAUUGGAAAUGUGCAGCUCUCUCUUCACAAACAUGACGGCUAUAUCAUGAGAGAGAAUGGUACCCACUUAACAGUCACUGUUCCACGUGAUGCAGCAGGAGUUGUCCAUGAGGCUAUUGACCACCAAGGCAUUAGAAGCAGAUUUGACUUCCAACUGAAGGAUAAUAAAAGCUUGGAGGUGCUGAUGAACUUCUCAGUAUCCUGCAGCUUUUCUACUACUGACUUCAUAACAUGUUUCCCAAAUGGCAGGAUGGUGAUUACAGCUAUGAAUCUUGGAACACAAUUGGGAAUGGAUACCAACAAACUGAUGCUGAAAGAUCCAACUUGCAAGGCAAAGGAGAGUGAAUUCCAAGCAGUCUUUGAAUUUUCUGCAGAAUCGUGUGGAACAACUAGAAGGUUUGAGAAGGAUUACAUGAUCUAUGAGAAUGAAGUGGCAUACAUGGGAGCCAAAUCAACUGAGGAACCAACUUAUCGACUUGCAAUAUCUUGUCGUUACCCCAUAAAUGAUUCUGUGCAUCUUCAGUUUGAGCACCAGCUGAAUCCUCUGCCAGUUGUUGUACCUGGGUUUGGACCUAUCAUCUUGGAUAUGCAACUUGCCAAAGAUAAAUCCUAUGCUACCUUGUACAAGGAAGAUGAAUACCCAGUAGUAAAGUAUCUGGCUGACCCUCUUUACUUUGAAGUGCAACUGCUUCAUAAUGAAGAUCCACAAAUUGAGCUGUUCUUGCAAUCCUGCUGGGCAACUGGCUCCCCAGAAAGAGAUGGUAUUCCACAGUGGCCUAUCAUUGUCCAAAGCUGCGAGUAUGAAGCUGAUCCACGUAUGACCAUCUUCCAUCCAGUCUUGAGGAAUGAGAGGGUCAGAUAUCCUAGUCACAUGAAAAGGUUUGAAGUGGAAACAUUUGCUUUCACCUUGGGAGAUCUGAAUAUCUUAUUAGGAGAGGUGUACUUUCAUUGCAGUGUGGUGCUGUGCAAGAAGGACCCAAUAAACAAGUUGCUCUGUCCUGGAAAAUGUGUUCCAAGAAAACAGCGAAUGGGUCGGAGUGUUGAUGGAGAGCACCACUUGGAGGGAUCUGUAUCUUCAGGAGCAGUGCUCAUCUUGGCAGAACUUCCUACAGUAGAGAAUGAGAUGAGGGAUAUCCAAAUGGAAUCAUAUUCCUGGCCAGUGCUGCUGAUUGGAGGUGUAACAACUAUUGUUUGUUUUAUUGUAAUUGGAAUUGUUGGUUGUAGGUAUCAUAAACAGUUUGUACAUAACUGGAUUUACUCAAGAUUAAAGUUAUAUGGUUGUACAAGGUUAAAAGGCAAUCACGGGCGCUUGGUUGUAGUUCCUCGUGCACUGUGCUACAGGAUGGGUUCACUUUUGAGGUUGGCGUUGGUUUGGACGCUGUUUAUUACUAAUGUGUGGAUGCAAAGCUCGCCGCCUCAAGGUCUCCUUCAGAGUCACUGCUAUGGGCGCCUCUUUUGGAUUCAGCUGAAUGCUUCCUUUCUGCAGGACAAGUGGUGGAGUCUCAGCGUCGCCGAUUCAACAGGCGAGGUCCAUCUGCUGACUCAGUCGCUGGCCAAUGAGUGUGGCUACACAGUAUCUCAGGAUCCGUUUGGUAACGUGCUGUUGCGUGCAUCGGUUUUGGCUUGUAUGGUAGUUAACGAGGGUGAUGACUUGUUUAGGCUAAAUCUACAAAUUCGGAUUGCUGCAAUUGGUCACAUGGAAAAGGCAUCUACUUAUCUCCACACCAUGACCUGUUCAUAUUUUCCAUGGCUGGCGAGAGAAAUCCUAUGUGAGCAAAACUACAUGGAGGUUUCAGUUCAAAGAAUAAUACCAGGAAUUGAAAAUGACUAUAAUGAAGAUUGGAUGGCAGUUGUUCCAUCUGCUCAAGAAGCUGAAAAUGCUAUUUGGCAAGCUGUAUUUCAUCUUCCUGAAGGAACAAAGACUAUGACUGUCAAUGAAAUCUUGAGUACUCAUUAUAAAAUUGGCACAACAGUUUCUCGGCUAUUAUUAAGGGCUCCCUACAAUGCAACAGAGAUUGAACAGUUGAUGGUAGAAAAUGUGCCUGUCUCUAGCAUUCGAUCAACCACUUUCUACAAACAAGAAUGGAUGAUCUUCUUGAUUGACACAACAGUGGCUUGCCCUACUGAUGGCACUACCUUCACUGAGAAUAAGAUCAACUGGAGAAUUCCAAGAAUCAUCCCAUCACUUAGUUCUCAAGAAGAACAGUUCUAUGAUGACUCUAUUGUUUUGGGAGUUGAUGGUGUUGUUCUAAACCCAGAUAGAAUAGCAGAGCUAAAUUAUACAUUAACGUACAAUGACACAAACAUCUUGGUCACUAUUCCAAUUGGAGCAGAAGGUGGAUAUUAUAAGAGCCAUGUAAUUGAAGGACAGUAUGGCAUUUUGUACUUGAUAAAAUUAUCUGCAGAACAUCAGUGGGAGCUAACCAAAUACACAAUUAUCCAUCCAGUUGCCACUCCUUUCAUGCCUCGGCCACCAAUUGUGACCAAUAAUACAAUUCCAGAAAAGCGUACAUUCAAUGUUUCUGUAGGAAACUUCCUUCCAGAUGUGGAUCUUGUAGCUCUAACUAUAGGUACACAGACAGUCACAGUGGAUCAGGCAGAUAAGGUGGGAAUCACAAUCUAUGAAACAACACUGCCUAAUAACACUAAAGUCUACGUAGUGGAGGUUCCAUUUGAGAAUGAAAAUGUGAAGCAAGAGCAUCUACAUUCUAAUGUCCGAAACUACAUAUUUGAUGUCAUCUAUGUAUUCAACAUAAGCCCAGAAAAUGAAACCUUUAAUUAUCCUGUAAAAAUAAUGGAAGAAUUACCAGAUAUUGUAUUACCCAGGGCUACUGGAUUCUGUGAUGAAAAGACCUUGUAUCUACUUGUAACUCAAGGGAAUCUAGUUCACUACUGGCUUCCAUUCAUUGAUCAAAUGCUGGUAACACAAAAAUCUGCACGAGAUUAUGGGUACCUGCUUGUGGAUAAUACAACCCAUAUUUUGAUUGGUGCCCCACUCUCUGGAAGGAGUGUGAUUUAUGAGGAAUUGAGUCUUCAUGGGAUUAUAGCUAGACUUAACCUGACAUUAAAGGACAAAAAUACAAUGAAGAUUGAGAUGCCUUUCUCCGUGGUCUGCAAUUUUCCUCCUGCAGAUCUUGCAGUGUGCUUUCCAAAUGGAACAAUGGUGAUUACUGCACUUGUGGAUACACUACCUGAACUAGAUCCUAGUAAAAUGGUCCUGAAAGAUGGAAAAUGCCAACCAAAAGAAGUUGACCAUCGUAGAGCUCUCUUUGAGUUUAGCAUUGAUAGCUGUGGCACCACAAGAACAAUUCGAGGAAACCACUUGAUCUAUGAGAAUGAAGUUUCAUACCCAAGGGAGGUAAUUCCUAUCAACUUCCCAGUGAUAACCAGAGAUCCUGAUUAUCGUUUAACAGUCUUGUGUCAAUAUGAACUAAAUGACACUCUGUCUGUUGGGAUUGUGAAGAGAUACCAGAAAGAUGCCCAGUAUCCUGGCAAUAGUGUACAAAUAGUGAGGGGAGGCAAGGGCAAGAGCAAGAAGCCGAGGCAUACUCCAGAACUGCACUCAAGGAUUUACAAAACGGCAGAUUACUUGGACUUCUACAAGGAUGAAGAAUACCCAGUGGCAAUGAAUUGGACACAUGCCCUGUAUUUUGAAGUUGAGCUCAUGAACAACAAAGAUCAUCAGACUGACUUGUUGUUGGAUCAUUGCUGGAUGACUACAACUCCUGAUCAUAAUGGCCUACCACAAUGGCAUUUUAUACAAGCUGGCUGUGAGAACAAAGAAGAAAUGUUUGUAGCUGCCUUCCACUCUAUAUCCAACACUAUCCAGCAUUCCCACCAGUUGAAAAGAUUUGAAGUUAAAAUACAGGAACUAUCUCCUGCAGAACAAACUGUCCUGCCCAAGAAAGUGUAUGGUCACUGCAGUGUUAUUAUCUGCCGUAAUAAUCCAGAUACAAACUCUUCCUGCAAUGAACAAUGCACAAUGGAAAAAGGCCAGAGCACCUACCUGGAUAUGCACAAAGAGGAUGUGUCACUUGGAGAAGUUUGGCUUUCUGCUGGAAUGUUGGAACAAGCAAAAAUUGGAAGUGGAUUAAUACAGUCAUACUGGCAAUGGGUGCUAGGAAGCAGUUUGGCAAUUUUCCUGAUUCUUGUAGUGGUUCUUGUAAAAGUGCAUGUGCAUCAUUAGAUAAAUAAAAUGACAUGGAUUAAACUGGCUUGGCCUAUCAACUCAACAGAACUUUGAGUAGAUACAGAUUGUGGCACUUUUCUAAUGUCAUGUAUUUUUAAGGUCUCAAUUCUCCUUUUUUACAUAGC